GCUAUUGACGGUUGUGCGUCACAUGAUAUUGUUUUCAGAUUUGAGAGCCACAGGCUGGACUCGGACAGUUUUAAAUAUAUAUUAAAGUUUUUAACGGUUGAAUUGUUCCUACUUUCACAACGGUCGCUAGGUAACGCUAUCAGAACACGUCACUAACUUCCGUGAUAAAAAACGUACAACAGGAAGCGUUUAUGAACGCGCACAACAGCUCGCCCCGUCUGCUGACAGCGCGCGAGGGGCUCGCGAGGAGAUCCAGGUCCAGGCACGAUGACGGAGCGGACCCCUCUCCUCCACUACCGCCUCUCCACCAGCGUCAAUGAGUCCGAGCCGCGGUGCCCUUCGCCCGGGCAGGCCCCGGCGCAGCACCCGGGGAACCCGCGGCAGCGGUCCGCCCAGCAGCGGCAGCCCGAGAAGCUCUCCAUCUUCUUCGGGGUGGUGAUCCCGACCCUGCUGUCCAUGUUCAGCGUGGUGGUGUUCCUCAGGAUAGGAUUCAUGGUGGGCCAUUCCGGACUGUACCAAGCUAUCGCCAUGCUGCUGGUGGCCUACUUCAUCAUCUGCAUGACGGUGCUGUCGGUCUGCGCCAUCUCCACCAACGGAGCCCUGGAUGCCGGAGGGGCCUAUUACAUGAUCAGCAGGGCGUUGGGUCCGGAGUUCGGCGGCAGCAUCGGCAUCAUGUUCUUCCUGGCCAACGUGUGCGGCAGCGCGCUCUUCGUGCUCGGUCUGGUCGAAGCCAUCGUGGACACCUUCGGAGUGCCAGAAGACGGGUCCCUGCCCACCUCUGCCUACCAGGUCCUGCCGUCGGGCUACUGGUGGUCCCUACUGUACGGCACGGGCGUGGCCCUGCUGUGCCUGCUGGUGUGCCUGGUGGGCGCCCACAUCUACGCCAAGGCCACCUUCCUCAUCUUCCUGGUGGUCAUGUUCGUCCUGGGCACCGUCUUCGUCAGCUUCUUCGCUGUGCACCCGCGCACCAUCGUGCUGCCCGGCUCCGCCGCGUUCAACCCGGCGGCCAACGGGACGGGCCCCGCCUUCCCCACCACCGCCAACUUCACCGGAUUCAAGCUGGACACGCUGCUGGGGAACCUGUGGGCCGACUACACCGUGGACUACACCACCAACACCAUGAUGACCUUUGCCACCGUCUUCGCCGUCAUGUUUAACGGCUGCACCGGCAUCAUGGCCGGCUCCAAUAUGUCAGGCGACCUGAAGAACCCGAGCUACUCCAUCCCCCGGGGAACCAUCACAGCCGUCAUCUUCACCUUCAUCAUCUACAACAUGCUCAGCAUAAUGGUGGCCUGCUCCUGUGACCGGGUGCUGCUGCAGAGGGACUACAGCUUUCUGAGAGACAUCAACAUCUGGAACCCGUUCGUCACUGUCGGCGUUUACUCCUCCACGCUCUCCGCCGCCAUGAGCAACCUCAUCGGAGCCUCGCGCAUCCUCUACGCCCUGGCCAGGGACGACUUGUUCGGUAAGGUGCUGUCUCCGGCGAAGAAGACGUCCCACAGCGGUAACCCCUGGGUGUCGGUGCUGCUCUCCUGGUUCCUUGUGCAGCUGGUGCUUUUCUCCGGGAAGCUCAACACCAUCGCCAGCAUCGUGACCAUCUUCUUCCUGUUGGUGUACGCGGCCGUGGACUUGGCCUGCCUGGCUCUGGAAUGGGCCUCCGCACCUAACUUCAGGCCCACCUUCCGCUACUUCACCUGGCACACCUGUGUGCUGGGCAUCGUGGGUUGCGUGGUCAUGAUGUUCCUCAUCAACGCCAUCUACGCCUCGGCCAGCAUCGCCUUCAUGCUGCUGCUGCUGCUGCUGAUCCACUACCUCAGCCCCACCUCCAGCUGGGGCUACAUCAGCCAGGCACUCAUCUUCCACCAGGUGCGCAAGUACCUGCUGAUGCUGGACGUGAGGAAGGACCACGUGAAGUUCUGGAGGCCUCAGAUCCUGCUGAUGGUCUCCAACCCGCGCAGCAGCGUGGGCCUCAUCCGGUUCACCAACGACAUCAAGAAGAGCGGCCUCUACGUGCUGGGACACGUUCAGCUCGGGGACCUCGACACUCUACCAUCAGACCCCCUGCAGUCCCAGUACGACUCCUGGCUGUCACUGGUGGACCACCUGAACAUCAAAUCCUUCGUGAACUUGACGUUGGCCGAUUCCGUGCGUCACGGCGUGCAGCACCUCCUCUUCAUCUCCGGACUCGGCGGGAUGCGCCCCAACACCCUCAUCCUCGGUUUCUACGACGACCGCCUCCCGCAGGACAACCUGAUCGACCCGUCGCUCUCCGCCGGUCAGUCGGCGGAUCCCUCGGACUCCCCGCGGGACGCCGAGCGGCAGCCCCCCCUCUUCCACUUCGCCUCCCUGCGGGGGUCCGGCGACGGGCAGGACGGCGGCGAGUUCGGCGACGGGAAGGUCCUCGGGCCCCGGGAGUACGUGGCGAUCAUCGCCGACGCCGUGAAGAUGCUGAAGAACGUGGCGCUGGCGCGCGACUUCAACGGCUUCGACCGGGCGCGCGUCCUCUCGCCGCCGCCCUCCUCCCCGGGGAAGGGCGCCGUCUACGUGGACGUCUGGCCGGUCAACCUGCUGCGGCCGGACAGCUGCAGCUACGUGGACACCUGCUCCCUGUUCCUGCUGCAGCUGGCGUGCAUCCUCAACAUGGUGAGGGCCUGGCGCCGGGCGACGCUCCGCCUCUUUCUGUGCGUGGAGGAAGGGCGGAGCGUGCGGGGCUCCAAGGAGAAGCUGGGCCAGCUGCUGAAGGAGCUGCGGAUCAAAGCCCAGGUGUACUCCGUGCCCUGGGACCAGCAGGUGGCGCUGCACUGGCAGCGGCAGGGCGAGUGGGGGAAGAAGCCGCCGCCGUCCGCCGACGGGGUGAAGGAGCAGAGGGCGGAGCCGGAGGAGGAGGAGGAGAGCGAAGGCGACUACGUCAACAGCUUCCCGAGCAACGCCACGCGCCUCUCGGACGACUACCUGUCGGCCGUCAACAAGCUGAUCCUGGACUCGGCCCGGCCCGCCCCCGCCGUGCGCUUCCUGUACCUGCCGCGCCCGCCGGCCGACACCAGCCGCUACGCCACCUACCUGGAGCAGCUGGAGCUGCUGACUCGGGACCUGGGCCCCACGCUGCUCAUCCACGGGGUCACGCCCGUCAUCACCACCGACCUGUGAGACGCGCCGGAGGUUUGUGGCGAUGCCAUCAGAACUUCUGAGCGAUCGAAUGUGUAUGCAAGUGAAGUUUGUUUUUACAGCCAAAAAAAUAAAAAAGAAGCGGUAUCGAACCUCCGACCUUUUCGGUAGCGAGGGCGCUCCGACACCCGACGCAUUUGAAGUAUUCGACGCCCCCUUUUUGUUCCUGUUCAUGAAGUGAGCUUCGGCCUCGUGGGCGUCGCCUUGCAGGAAAUCUGCUUUUUCGCUCGAGAAGCCUUAAAAAUGGUUUUACGUGUGAUCUCAGGAAGACUUUCCUUUUUUUUUAAAUUUUUUUUUAUUUUGAAAUGCACUUUUAUUUUUUGGGGAUUUCCUUCCUGUAGCAAAACUGCAAGCUCUGCUAAAAAAAUGUUUUUAAAAACUCCUCAAACAUGUUUACAGUGCCAAUAACUACUGUGAGUACGCACAUGCGUGUCUUUUAGGUACUUUUAGAGUUAAUCGUCAUAACGUUUUGAGACAUUUAAAGUGCCGUUUACAGGUAAAUAUUAAAACACGGUGCACCGGGAGAACGAAGAGGUCUACCGACUGGAGAAAAGGUGCACGUGGAGAAAAGGUGCACGUGGAGAAAAGGUGCACGUGGUGGAGGCGACACCUCACUUUAAAUAUCAGAGUGUGUGUGUUUUUUAUUCCUCUAUGCAAAUCUAUAAACUUCGAUGCUACGUUUGAGCCGCGUGGUUCAACUUUUAGUUUUUUUUCUUUUAUUUUGCUAAAUCGGACGAUUUGUACUAUUUUAUUUUAUUUUUUAAAUUCGGCGUUUAUUAUUCACUUUUUUUAUGCCAAAUGGUAAAAGUAGGCGGUACAAUAGAGAGAGAAAAGGGGGCGGGACCAGGCAGUGGAAACGAAGCACAAUUAUUAUAAUAAUAAUAAUAAUAAUAAUAAUCUUGAAGUCGACAAUCUGUGGUUUGUUUACUUUUCUUUUCUUUAUUAUUUGGACGCGGCACUCCUCAACACACACUACAUCGUCACAGUGCAACAAAAUAUAUAAAGAUAUAU